AUGUUCAAAUUUGGAGCGCUGCUUGCUGUUGUUGCCGUUCAACUGGCUUUCGCUGCUGAUCCACUAGACCUCAGCAAGCUUCUCAGUGGACUCCCACUCAUUGGUGGUUUGGGCGGAACUGUUGGAGGUAUAGUCGGCGGUGUUACGGGAGGCAACGGUACCAGUGUCGCCGGAUUUGCUGCAUUGGCGCCCGUGUUGGGCCUUGUUCAAGCUGUCCUAGCAGUAGUGAUAGCACUUCUUUCAAGCCUUCUUGGUGGACUACCAGGAGGAUUGGGCGGCAUACUCAAUGUCAAAAACUCUCCUCUUCCUCUCGUGAAGAGCUCAUUAUCGGCAGUGUUUUCACGAGAAGCAAGUGAUUUCAUGAGUAGCAGUGAGCUGGUACAUGAACAACUUCGAUUCCUCAACGGCACGUUAUGCGCAGAUGAGUCAUUGUGGGCGACAAUUGCAGGAAAUCCUGAAAAACUCCCAAUGCCCGGUGGUUUUGAUGCUAAAGAAUUUCUCCAGAGGACAUUUGGCGAAAAUUACUCCAAGUGGUGGUUCCGUCCCAAUGGAGCACCAUGGAUCACACCUUCGUUAUUGUCGAACGAGACUACUGUAGAUGCUGAUCUUCACAUAGACAACUACGUAAUUUCACGGUACCAACAAUGGCAAAUUCGGUCAAAUUCUAUUUGCAGAGGUCGAUAUUAUCGUCUUUCUUGUGUUUUUGGUGUCGAUGAUCUCCCGACGCUCGUGAAACGGCACGAACUUCUUGCACAUAAAUUGUACCUCGGGUUCCAACCAGCCUCAUUUCUAUGUCUCAUUCAAGAAAUUCGUCGGCGGAGUAUUCGUCCUUCGCCUGACUUUGUGGCUGCGCGCUACCAUAAUCUUCCUGAUGGUCCUAUCAGAGAUAAAUAUUGA